CCGGAGUAAUUGCGAGGUAUCAACAGAUGAUCAGAUGGUCAAGGUUAGGUAGACAUUACCUGGUAUUUCACUAUGUUUAUUCGUAGAUUGAUUGAUUAUUUAAUUCCGAAGCUAAGUAGCUACGGAAUAACUAGAUGUCUACCAUCGAAAUACUACGUGUGUAGUCAGUAGUUAGUCACAUUCUCUCGUAGUUACUAUCAGUAUCAUCAUCGACAACGGCGGCGAUGGCGGAGGUGCUGGCGGUGGUGCUAUGUAGAGUCAUCAAUAUCAGCCUUUUCCCACUCAACACCAUCCCCUCCCUUCCUUUACUACUUAACCCUCAAUCCCUCAAUCCUCAAUCCAAUCCUCAAUCAUUCAACAUCUCUCAUAUCACAAAUCCUUCUCGCCGUACUUACUUGUUCAAUUGAACAUCUCUUACCGUUCCUCCUCCCCCACAUCCCCGCAAUCGCAGUUGCAACCGUAGUCGCAGUCGCAAUCGCAACCGCAAUGGCUCUCCCCACCCUCCACGCCCGCGCUGAGGCCAAGCUCUACGAGCACCGUUCUUGCCUCACUCCCACCACUGCCAAAGCUCUCAUCGAUGCAGGAUACCCGGUGCUGAUCGAGCGGAGCUCCAAGGAUCCAAACUUUUCGCGCAUUUUCAACGACAACGAAUAUGAAGCCGUGGGUGCUACCCUUAUCGACGAAGGCUCCUGGGAGACCGCCCCCACCGACCGCAUCAUCAUCGGCCUCAAGGAAUUGCCAGAUGGCGAUUCACCCCUCAAGCAUACAUUUAUCCACUUCGCACAUUGCUACAAGCAGCAAGGCGGAUGGGAGCAGGUCUUGGCUAGAUUCCCCCGCGGUGGAGGAACGCUCUACGACCUCGAGUUUCUACAGGAUUCUACGGGUAGGAGAGUAGCUGCCUUUGGCUACCACGCUGGCUUUGCUGGUGCUGCCCUGGCCAUCAAGACCUGGGCAUGGCAGUUGACCCAUCCCAACGGCGAACCUCUCCCUGGCAUCGAAUCAUUCACGGACGGGCGCGGAUAUUACAACAACGAAGAUGAGUUGAUCGCACAGCUUAAGGACGAUGUCGCGGCCGGUGAGAAGGUCGCUGGACACAGGCCCACCAGUCUCGUGUUGGGCGCUCUGGGACGCUGCGGUUCUGGUGCCGUCGACCUGCUUGAGAAGGUUGGCUGUGCAGAGAUCAAGAAAUGGGAUCUCGCCGAGACGUCUGAACGAUCAGGUCCCUAUGCCGAGAUCAUCGAGUCUGACAUCUUCGUGAAUUGCAUCUACCUGUCCAAGCCUAUCCCUCCUUUUGUAGACUUGGAGAGCCUCAAGUCGCCGAACCGCAAGCUUAGUGUGGUGUGCGACGUGAGUUGCGAUACCACGAACCCCCACAACCCCAUCCCCAUCUACAACAUCAAUACCACUUUCGACAAGCCUACCGUCGAGGUGCCCGUAGAGGGCAAUGGACCUAGACUAGCCGUCAUUUCCAUUGAUCACCUUCCCUCUGCCCUUCCCCGAGAAUCAUCAGAGGCAUUUAGUUCCAAUCUCCUUCCCAGCCUACUUGCGCUGAAGGACAGACAGAGCACACCUGUCUGGCAGGGUGCCGAGAAGCUCUUCAAGGACAAGGCCGCAACCCUUCCAGGCGGUGUCCCCGCCAAGGAAGUCUAAUUGCCAACAUGCUGCCGUGCUGACCGCAGAUGGUGGCAUGUAUUUGACUAUCGAGCGCUGUCUAGAACUACCUUUGGAAAA